AUGGCGACGGAGUACGAGCGCAGAAGACUAGAGAAUAUUAGACGAAACGACGAGAUGAUGGCUUCUCUCAACGUCCAUGCCAAAGCUUCCCUUCUCUCCGCCUCAACCAAACGAUCCCGAGACCCCUCUAAGAAGAACAAGAAGACAGAAUCAGAAACUCCCAUCUCUCUACGCACAAGAGGCGUGACUCCAGACUCCGAAGGCUUACCCCACGGUGUUUCAGAUUGUCCGAAAGGUCUCCCUUUUCCCCAUUACGUAUCUCUUCGUGUAUUGGCUCCUCUGCCUCUAGAUGAUGGAGAAGGUUCCCAUUCUCAGCUCGUUGAUACUCUUUCGGGUAUUGCAAGAAAACCCAAUGAAGAAACUACAACUGUUAAUGAGAGUGAUGAUGGUUUUGAUCUUGAAGCCUUGUGUUUAGAACCGUGUAAUGUCAAACGUGUUGUGCCUGAGAGAGUUUUGGUUGUAAAGUUCUUACCUUGCGAAGAUGUUAAACUGGUUGCUGCAGGAGACAAGGAUGGGAACGUUGGGUUUUGGAAUUUAGAUUGUGAAGAGGAUAGUGUGUCUCUGUUCAAGCCUCACACUGGCUCAGUUACAUCUCUUGUCUUCCAACAAAACUCUUUCUCAAAGGUUAUUACCAGCAGCAACGAUGGUUUAAUCAGGUUGAUGGACGUUGAAAAGAUGGUUUUUGAUUUGGUUUACUCGCGGGACGUGUAUGAGCCUAUACAUUCACUCUCUCAGAGACCAAAUGAUGAGCAAAGCUUGUACUUUGGUGAAGGAGAAGGGAUGAUUAAUGUAUGGGAUCUCCGAGCAGGGAAGUCAGUUUUCAGCUGGGAGUUGCAUAAAUACAGGAUCCAUACUAUUGACUUCAACACGCAGAACACGCAUCUCAUGGCUACAAGUUCUCAAGAUCGUACUGCUUGUCUUUGGGACUUGAGAACCAUGGGGGCUAAGAAACCAAAAGUGUUGACUACUGUAGAUCAUGCCAAGGCUGUGUACUCUGCUUACUUCUCACCUUCUGGUCUCUCACUUGCAACUACAAGUCGUGACAACUAUGUUGGUGUUAUAAGUGGCGCUAACUUUGAGGAUACUUCCAUGAUAUAUCACUGCAAUAACACUGGUCGUAAUAUCUCCAGUUUCAGGGGAGUAUGGGGGUGGGAUGAUUCACAUAUCUUUGUGGGCAAUGUGGGGAAAGGAAUUGGUGGCAAUCAGACGAAAGGAAUUGAUGUGAUUUCUACUAAACUAAAGCGAACAGUGAAGAAGCUGAAGAGCCCUCUUGUGAAAGAUGCUAUAAGCAGACUCCAUUGCCAUCCUCUUAAUGUUGGGAUGCUUGCAGGAUCCACAGCUGGAGGACAUGUCUAUGUUUGGACCACCAAGUAG